GGCAGGCCGCCUUUCUGCAAGCGGGUCCCUGGAUCACAGGAGCAGCCCCCGCUCUUGAGAGCUUUGGGGAAUUUUCCUGGGUCGGGUCUGGCUCCGGGCAGGGGUUUCCAGGCUGAUGCGUGAGUCGCCCGCCCUGUCUGCCAGGUGACUUGUGCUCAGAAGCAUUUUGAGGUUCCGGAGAGGGUCCUUGAUGCCCCUGAAAUUACUGAUGAAUUGGAAUGUGUUUGGAGGGGUGCCAUACCUGGGGGGCCCCCAGAACAGAUAGGGCUUUUGAGCCGGGUCUCCCGUGGACGCUUGGCUUUCAGGUCUGAAGGGAAGCACCUGGCUUCUUCCACCCUUCAGGGCUGUGCCUUCUGUGGGGUGCAGAUUGGGCCUGCAGUUGGAGCUAACACUCGGGAAGAGGGAGGAGGUGCUUGGCCAAGCCCCUGGCCCACCUGGCAGCCCCAAGAUGGGGCCUUGGGAGGAGCUGUGGCAGUGGCACCUUGGGGGAUCAGGGGUGAGGCUGGCAUUCCUAUGAGCUCAACUCCAGAACGUCAGGGAGGCAGAUGGGAGUUGAGAUUCUCAGGGGGCCAUGUUUCCCGGGGUUUCUGUGAGCUGGGUAGGGAAAGAGGCUGCGUUAUGAGGCAUUUUUUUUGCUCCCAGAAACUUUGACACAUUUUGAAAACACAGAACCCCUGAGGCAGUUGAAUCUCUUGGGAAAGGAAGGGGAGAGGGUAUAAGGCUUAUUAGAACCGGGUAGUGGAAGACUUCCUGGAGGAGGUGGCUGAGCUGAGACUGAAAGCAUUAAGCUUUGGGGUCAGACUCUGACGUGGAGUUGAGGUUUCCUUCAUAAAGUUGACUGUGUGUUCUCUUCCCCAGCCCUGUCUGCUUCCUCUUACAGUGGGUGUCCAUGUUUGGUUACAAAUGGGGGCACAGAGCGGCACAGAGCCUCUGCCACCCCCUCGCUGAAGGGAAGAGGACUGUGGUUUGUGGGGAAGGUGUCUACAAGUUGCAGAGAUCUGGCCCUCUCCCAGGGUUCACUUAGGCCUCAGUGGGAAGCAGGUCAGAGCCCCCCUGGGGACCAGUGAGGUGGGGCACAGUCCUGGGCGCCUGUCCUUGAAUGGGCGAGGCUGGGCUCCCGGGGCGGAGGUGCUCAGAUCCCUCCCAGGAGACAGAACUGGUUUGUCUGAAAAGGUUUCUUCUGUGCGUGUGUGUUUCCCGCUGUCUUUUGUUCCGGCCAUGCGAGAGAAGUGGCUUGUUUGGGAAUAGUUAUUUUCUGGUUUUCGCUCUUUUUCUCUUCUCUUUCUUGAAAGGCAUAAAAUCCCUUUUGGGCUUAAUUAUGGGGGCCAGUAGAGACAGUUCCCCACGGCCAGGCGGAGCGGGUGGGGGCGGGGGAGGUGCUAACUGCCAGGGUGAUGUCACUCCUGGCCGCCCGCCACGCGGAGGGUGGAGCCGCCGAAGUCUACCUGUGGCUCUGCAAAUAGUGGCCACCAAUGUGCCCCCCGAAGAUCAAGACAGCUCUGGGGAUGACUCUGACAACUUCUCUGGCUCGGGUGCAGGUGCUCUGCCAGAUAUCACCCUGACACGGCAGCCCCACCCCACCUGGAAGGAUCUGGGGCUCCUGCCGGCCACACCCACAGCCCCCGAGCCUACCGACAGGGACACCAUCGUCACCUCCUUUGCCCUGCCGCCCGGAGGGGGCUCAGAGGGUGAAGAGGCAGAGCACGUGGUCCAGGUGGAGCCUGGCUUCACCCCCUGGGAGAAGGAGAGCACCCACCCCUCCCACGAGACCACACAGCACCCGACCGCCCAUCGGACGUCGACAGCGAGGGCCGCCACGGCCCCGGGGCCAGCCACCUCCCACCCUGACCACCACGAGACCACACCUUCCGACCGAGCUGGCCAGCACGGCCCUCAUGUUCACAGCCUGGAUGAAGAAAGUCCUUCUGCCACCGAGAGGGCCACCGAAGACGGCGCCUCCAACCAGCUCCCAGUGGGAGAGGGCUCUGGGGAGCCGGACUUCACCUUCGAUACGGCCGUGGAGAACUCGGCUGGGGCCGGCGUGGAGCUGGACCGGCGCAACCAGCUCCCCGUGGACCACAUGGUCACGGGCACCUCACAGAGCCUCCUGGACAGGAAGGAAGUGCUGGGAGGGGUCAUUGCCGGAGGCCUGGUGGGGCUCAUCUUUGCCGUGUGCCUGGUGGGGUUCAUGCUGUACCGGAUGAAGAAGAAGGACGAGGGCAGCUACUCCUUGGAGGAGCCGAAACAAGCCAACGGCGGGGCCUACCAGAAGCCCAGCAAGCAGGAGGAGUUCUACGCCUGACGGGAGCGGCUCCCCUCCCCCGCCACUUGCUAGGCCCCCAUUUGCCUCUUCCAUGAAGAACCACAGGCCCUGCCUCCCUGCCACCACACCGCAGAGCCGGGGCUCCCUGGAGGCUCUCCUCUGCUUCUCUGACUUCUGCCUGGGGACUUGGGCGCGAGGGCUUUCUUUGUAUGACCUUUCCGCCACAGCCAGGCCCUGGUGUCCCACCGUUCUGACUCAGUUUCUCCAAACUGGUGCCGCCUCUCCCUAGCCCAGCUCUGGAGACACAGAGGACUCACCCCACUCCCUUGGACCUGGACAGCCCGGUGGGCUGGAAGAUGCUGUGCUGAGGGCUGAGCUGACACAGCUGUAGCACUUACUGGCAGAGACCCAAAAAGACCUAGGGGGCCUGGACACCCGAGCAGCAGGGAGGGGUGGUCCGGCUCGCCUGGUCCGGCUCACCUGAUCCAGCUCACCUGGUCUGGCUCACCUGUCUCGUCGGCAUCAGUUGGCUUUGUGGGGGUCUAAUUUAGAUAUCAACUUGUUUUUGCACAUGUUUCCGCUAGUUUCUUUGUUCAUAGCCCGUAGACUUUGUUACUUCUGAGGUAAGUUAAGUAAGUUGACUUGGCUCCCCAUCUGGCUCCCCUAAUCGACGGUCAGGAGACAGCAUCAGGGUUAAGAAAACUUUUUUUUUUUUUUAAACUAGGCGAUCCGAAUCUGGAAGCCAACAUGUAGGCAUCAUUUGUGUGUUUUCUCUGAGUUUGUCGCUCACGUGUGCAACAGGGUACGGAAUCUGUUGAGUGGCCCCGUUGGUGGGCUGGCUGACCCGGCUGCCGUGGGCAGUCACACCCAUGUCCAUGAACUUGGAGCCACGGCCACUCCUGGUGUCAAGGACUCCGUGUGAGAAUUGAAUCCUGGCACCUCGGGCUGGGAAUGGAGGAGAGAGGACUGUGGGGUGGGGGAGGUGGGUCCAGAGGGUCUCCAUAGACCAAGCCCUUCCUUUGGGGCCACCUGGGGCCGUUUCUUCUGGAAGGUGACGACAGGCGUCCUGGGCACACCUGGCGCCGAGCUGCUCCCUGCAGCCCAGGUCACUUUUGAUUCGCUCCUGCGGCCCCACCCUGGGCUGGAUUCAAGAAUGUUUCCAAAGAGUCAUAGUCUUUUGCUUUUGGCAAAACUCUACUUAAUCCAAUGGGUUUUCCCCUGUACAGUAGAUUUUCCAAAUGUAAUAAACUUUAAUAUAAAGUGGUCACGUGAACGCUACUCGUUUGCGUCCCUGUGCGGGUUGUGUGGACGUGACCAGCCUUUUUCUCUAAACAAGGACAGUGGGGAAUGCGGCUAAAAACUCUUCCCUGUGGGGAGGGAUUCUGGGCCAGCCUCCCUCUGGGUUGCUGGGUUUUUUGUUUUUGCUCAAAUGCUGGAGGGCAGUAGGCUUAGCCAAGGUUAUAUAAGGCCUGAUGUUGAUUUUUGUUGCCAAACUCGAAGCACCAGCUCCUCGAUGGCUAAAGAAGCACAGCUUGGCCUGAGGCCACUGGCCCCGGAGGCCUGGACUUUGAGACACCCACCUCUGCUAGGACCACAGCCCCGCCGGGGCGCCUGCAAACUCCUGUGCUUGCUUAUUUAACUCGACUGCGUUCCAGCUUCUCUGCUGGCGGCUCCGGGAGGGACCCACCUGUACUGUGAGAUGCAUUGCCUCGCGGGGAACCUGCACCUGUGUUCAGUCCUGGGACUUUCUGCUUGUGUGACAGGACACGACCUGGUAGGGAAGGGGUCCGUGACCAUGGUCCAUAGGACAGUGCUGAGCCUGUGGCUGCGCCCCUUCUUGUAACCGUAAUAAAUGGUACUUGUCACUUCGG